UCCCGAUCGAGAUCGAGCCAAACUUCGUCAGAUCUCCAAGCUCCCAAGCCCCACCACCUACCAAGAACACUACCAGCUCUAUGGACAUGUCCAGAACCUACCCAUCUACGACGGAACCGGGUGCAUGCCCGACAGCGUCGGGCGAUGGGUGUUUGAUGGGAGUCGGGUCCGGAAGCUACAGCUAGACGAGUUGGCCAAGGGCAAAGGAGUCCCUGGGGAAUGGCGCGACAAGUCCCUGGAGUUGCCCUACAAGGCCGUGGUGGGAGCCACCGCCGUACACAUCUGGACCGUGGUCUGCGACGCUGUGGCCGGGUGGCUCAUCCCCACGCCCAAAGACGGCACGACCUCCUCCAGAGAAACCGACUCAGACACAGUGACGACGGCCGCCGAAACCUGGGCCGACGACGAAGAUGAAGAUGAAGACUGGGACUACACCCUACCGGAUCUCAGCGAAGGAGGGGAGUGGUACCAGGAUCGCGUCGAGUCCCUGCGACAGGCUACCCAAGACCUACCCGACCAGGAAGAAGCUUACCAAGACGGACUCGAAGCACUGAAGAUUCAUAGAGACAACUACUCCCCAGCCGGGCCAAAAUACCUCCAAGUACUAUGGUGGGAAUUCCCCCCGGAGCACCAAGAGGCGGUACGCCGGGGAUCCUCUAUGCGUUUCCUGGUG